AUGAGGGGAUCCACCGCCCCCACCGAAGAAGGACCAUCAUCUCCCACCCCAUCCAAACACUCCAGGCCAAAAUACCCACCCAAGGCAGCCUCUCUCCACUACGAAGACCAACCCCCCUCCUCCCCCAACCCUCGGACCUGCACCCCUCUGCGCCCCACCUACCCUUCAACCUGGUGGUACGCCGACCUCCUCGCCUCCACCCCCGACGGCACCACGCCCUUCCUCGGCGCGCCGCUCAACACGACCUACCCGGUGCACCGCAACGUGCUCAACUACGGCGCCGACCCGAGCGGCACGCACUCCUCCACCGGCGCCAUCCAAGCCGCCAUCAACGCCGGCGGGACGUUCAAUGGCGACGACGGCACGGCAUACUACUACCCGAACCUGCGCAACACCAGCACGCGCGGCGCCGCCUUCAGCAGCACGCUGACGCCGGCCGUCGUCUACCUGCCGCCGGGGACGUACCUGCUCGACGGGCCCGUGCAGCUGUGGAUCGGGACGGUGCUGGUCGGCGACGCCGUGAGCCCGCCCGUGCUCAAGGUCUCGCCGGAUUUUGCGGGCAACGGGUACGUCCUGUACGGCAAGGAUCCGGGGUUGCCGGGGACGAAUGGGUUCUUCGUCGGGCUGCGCGACGUGGUUGUGGAUUCGAGGGCGUAUGCGAGUGAGGAGAAGCUGGUGCUGUUGGACUGGACGCUGAGCCAGGGGACGCAGUUGAAGGGAGUGAGGUUCGAGAUGCCGCAGGGUGGGAAGCAUGUUGGGUUGAGCACAAAGUUUGGUUACAACAGCAAUAUCAUAUUGAACGAUCUUUCGUUCAAUGGUGGCGCGGUAGGGAUGGAUUUGAGUGGACAGCAGUGGUUGGUCAAAUCGGUGACGUUUAAUCGAUGUGGCAUCGGAGCGAUUGUAGAUUGUUUCGAUUGUGUGUUCCUGGAUAUCAGCUGCAUUAGAGUCGGUAUAUGCCUCGACGGCAGCCAGACAUCAGGCAGCCUGACGGUUAUUGACAGCUACACUGCCAGGUCAGGCACAUUCGUGUCCAGCUACCAGUCCGUGAACGGUUACAACCAGCUCGUGCUCGAGAACAUCAGAAGCGACGGCGAUACUGUCACUCUGAGUGGUGAUAUCGUCGUAAGAGGCAGUGUGCCAUUUACCUGGAUUCGUGGUCAAAUGUACACGCAGGGCAACCCUCAUCCCUCACAUCAGCAGAACGCCAUGAUCCACACACCUCGCACUUCAGCUCUGCUCAGCCGUAGAGAAUACUUCGUAAUGAGGCCACCGACCUUCCGCGAGUACGAUGCCUCGCAGAUCCUCAACAUCAAGUCAGUCCCUGAAUAUCCCGUCUACGGCGAUGGCGACGCCGACGAUACGAACUCAAUCAACGCGAUCCUGGCGCAAUAUGCCGGGUGCAAGGUCAUAUACAUCCCCGCGGGAACGUACGUAGUCCGCAACACAAUCUUCGUUCCUCGCGGCACCCGCAUCUACGGUGAUGCCUAUGCCUCCGUUAUCAGCGCCAAGGGACCCACCUUCUCCAACCCCAGCGCCCCUAUGCCGAUGGUUCAGAUCGGGGCGCCGGGCGAUGUCGGCGUGGCGCAGAUUGUCGACAUGAUGUUCACGGUGGGGGAGGUGUUGCCGGGCUGCAAGCUCGUUGAAGUGAACAUGGCAGGCGACAAGCCCGGCAGCGUCGCGCUGGUCAAUUCGCACAUGCGGGUUGGCGGCGGCGCUGGGUCUGCGGUCCAGACCAGCUGCGAUAGCGGUUCGCCGUGCCGGGCCGCGUGGGGCCUGAUCCACCUAACGGCGUCGUCCAGCGCGUACGUCGAGAACAUGUGGGGCUGGACGGCCGACCACGACCUGGACAAUGUGUACACGCAGAACAUUGCCACAGGCAGGGGGAUGCUGGUCGAGGCCACACAGGGGACGUGGCUGAUUGGCACGUCGAUGGAACACAACACGCUCUACCAAUACAACUUUAAUGGCGCGCGCAACGUCUUCACCGCAUUGCAGCAGUCGGAGACGCCGUAUUGGCAGGGGGUGAAUUCCGGGACCGUUGCGCCGUAUCCGUGGACGGACUACUUACAGCCUAGUGACCCGGACUUUUCGCGGUGCGGCGCGUCAAGUGGAGGAUAUUGCGGGGCGGCGUUGUUCGAAAGAAUAGCGCAGAGCAAGAAUCUUUUUUUGUAUGGGGGCUGCCUUUGGACCUUUUACACCGGCGGAAACGGAAGCGAGAAGUGCGACUUCGACUGUCAGCAGGAGGCGAUUGACAUAGAUAACGCUUCGAGCGGGAUCUACCUGUACGGCACUAAUGUGCAUAAAGUGACGAACAUGGUUAGCAGCGGCGGAUGGAGCAUUGCGGGUCAGAGCACAAACGAAGGCGGUUGGGGUGGCGUGGUCGCUGCUUACCUGUACAACUCUUGA